AUGGACGGAAAGCGAUUCACCGUCACCCCCCGGGCCUGCUGCAACCGCCGGAUCGUGGCCGGGAAGAGGCCACGGGGGGACGGGUUCUUGAACAGUGUGAAGAAGCUGCACCGGCGGGAGAUAUGCUCCAAGCGAGACCGUUCUUUCUCUAUGAGUAACGCCCAAGAGAGGUUCAGGAACAUUCAGCUGCAGGUCGGUGGUGUUCCCUCGAGUUGCGGGGAAUUUGCUGUAUUUCUUGAUCUUUCUCUCUUUCCUCACAACGUGUCGUACAGAUCAAAGGAACAGUAGAGAAUGGUGGGAAAUUAUGGAAGACAUGGGUCAAUCCGUCUCUUUCAGUCAUGAUUUUAUGCAUUAUGUUUUUUCGCCAUGUAAUCAGCAAAACAAAAACCGAAAAAUAUCUAUUUAAUUAUUCGUUGGAGGUAGAUGCAUGACUCUUGAAGCAUUUAGAGGACAUAGAAAACACCUUAGUUUCCACUGUGCUGGAGGUUUGCCGGGCAAGUAAUUAGUAUCUACUUAAAAUCGCGUAAGUUUCGAUGAUGAUGAAGCUCAGUUAGCUUGGAUAUGUAGCUUGAAGACGGUAGAACUUUUCUUCAUGCAGUAAGAUGAAGGAGAAUUAGAUCCAAGGUACUCUGGAUGGUAUGAAGGUAGGGAUAAAAGGGCUGCUUGGGUUGGUUUAAGACAAAGCAUGUCUACUUCCCACAUCAUUAAACGACGAACCCCAAUUCAAUCUCAAUUAAUUAUCGUUUAUUCCGGGUUCUAGCCGAACUCUCUUUGCAUUAUGACAAUAUCUAGGCGCAAUAGAGGAUCAGAAGUGUCAUGUACUGGUGAUUGUCAUGCACAAAUUCAAAUAAAGAAGGUUCCAGCGUUAGUCCUGGUAGUGGAUCAAUAAUAAUUGAGGUAUGAUAACAUGACUUUUCAUGGAAAUCGGGGUGACUCUUUGGCUUGAGUAUUAUACCUAGAGGAGUACCAUUGUCUAAAUGUUUCAUCCCUGUUUAUUCUGAUCUAAAUUUAUGUUUCCUUCGGUAUGCACUCUCUCUCUCUCUCUUUCUCUCACGUUUACCUUUACACGGGAGAUAAGAUAAUGAUUGUGAAAAAUUUUCAAUUUUACCUGGACGCUGCAAUUAAAAUUUUAGAUGUUACCAAUUUUCAUCGUAUACCUAUAGCCUGCUCGAGUCCGUUGAGAUGUGUUAUUGUGAAUCCAAAGUAGACCUCAAUUCAUCAUUGAUUUAUAAACAAUAUUUCUGUGUAUAGGUAUUCUAAAUGCAGUUUUUUUUUUUCAUAGGAAAUAUGAUGAAAUUAAUAAGGUUCUGUGAAUCUCCUAUUUCAGGGGGAACUUGAUACCCAUGAUCCCAAGGGACGUCGUUCCUUGCAGCUCCCCUUCUUGAGGAAAAGAUCUAGAAUAGUUGAAAUUGUUGCGGUGCAGGGCAUCAUUUUUGCUCUGGCACAAGGUGGUGUUUGUGCAGCGUUUAAUAGAGGUUAGCAUAUUGUGGGCAUAAUUUGUUCUUACUGGGAACGCUCAUGUUACAUGUGUACAAUAAUUUUUUUUACUUAUUUUUUUAUGGGGGAUUUUCACUUGCAGAAACAAAGCAGAGGAUAUGUUUUUUGAAUGUGAGCCCUGAUGAACUAAUUCGCAGCCUGUUUUAUAACAAAAAUAAUGAGUCCCUCAUUACGGUUUCAGUCUAUGCUUCUGACAACUUCAGCUCUUUGAAAUGUAGAACAACCAGGAUAGAGUUUGUGCAUUGCCCAUCCCUAUUUCUUUUGUCUACUCUUUUCGAAUUUCUGCUCUUAGACUUACAUCUGAACUGGGUUCUCCAGAUAUAUCAAAAGGGGAAAGCCUGAUGCUGGAUAUGCGCUUUUUGAGUCAGAAUCACUAAAAUAUCCUGGUUUUGUAGAGUUUGACGAUGUAAAUGCCAAGGUUCUAACAUUUUCUGCUCAGGAUAGGUAAGUUGUCCCCCUAAACAUUGUAUUAAUCUGGUUUUUCAAUUAGUACUGACAUCCGUUUCAAUUUUUGUAUCAUUAGCAUUUACAAGGUAUUCGACUUAAAGAACUAUACACUGCUGUACUCUAUAUCUGACAAGAAUAUCCAGGAAAUAAAGAUUAGGUAAAAUUUUCGUCCAGCUUUUUUUUCUUUCCUUUUCCCUUACAUUUCCUUGAUUUUUCGGUGCAUAAGUGAAAGCUGCUCAUGUAUUAUCUGAUACACUUGGAAAACGUGUAGUCUUCUCUAAAAGAAUAAUACCUUGUGUUUUUUAUCACUUUCAAACAUAUUAAAAUCGGGAUAUGCUACUCGUCUACAUGAGUUAAAUUGAAAUAAAUAAUUACUGUAUUUCAGUUCCGAUGCUCAUUUGCAAUCAUAUACAAAUCAAGAUGUUUUUCCAAGAAAGAAUGAGGGCAGAAAAUACUUUUGCGUAUAUUGAGUUGCCUUAAAUUUCAUUUAACUGUAAAACAGGCAACCAUAGCUAGAAUCGAAUAAUAAUGCGAUUGGUCUUAGUCCUUUAUUUUAUUUUUGAAUUGCACCACGUCAUGAGCUUCCAGAUUCAAGGGCUGGUGUCGUCAGAUAAUCCAUGCCUUCAUAGUGGUCUCAAUAUGGCUUGUGAGAUGUCGCCAAGGGCCAAAGAUGAUUAAUUGGCAGCAUGGUAUCAUCACAGAGGGUAUCAAUCAUCCAUUCAGUCUUUAGAUUACCUAAAACCAGAAUGCAAUGUGAUGCAAUUUUGUCUCAAGCAUGGCAUAUAUUUUGUUAUACAGGAAUGCAUCUUAGAAUCGAUGUUUUCUCCUUAAUAUUUGUUGAUGAUAUCGUGAAUUUUCCCCUCUGUGCUAUCCUUUGAUAGCGCUCGACUUAUGCUUUUCAACACAAGGCCUCUGUGAUGAGUUGUUGAUUUCUUGCGUGCAUCUAAAUUAUUUCAUGCAUUAUUUUCUGGCCCACCCUUGUGUGAAUAUAUAUUUAUUUCGCACGCAUUGAUAUGCAGUCCAGGUAUAAUGUUAUUGAUAUUUAAAAGAGCUACCAGCCACGUUCCUCUCAAGAUAAUCUCUAUAGAGGAUGGAACUGUCCUGAAAGCCUUUAAUCAUCUUUUGCAUCGGAACAAGAAAGUUGACUUUAUAGAACAGUUUAAUGAGAAGCUCCUUGUCAAGCAAGAGGAUGAAAAUCUCCAAAUUCUUGAUGUAAGGUUUUUUUUAUGCAAUGAUCAAUCAGUAUAGAAAGGAAUCGCCGUUUUUUUCAUUGCCUUGCAAUUUUUUUGAUAAAAAAUAACUUUUUAGGUCCGGGACUUCCAGUUAACUGAAGUAAGCAAAUCAGAGUUUCUGACUCCAUCAGCAUUCAUCUUUCUAUACGAGAACCAGUUAUUUCUGACAUUCCGGAAUCGUACGGCUGCAGUUUGGAAUUUUCGAGGUGAACUUGUUACAUCUUUUGAGGAUCAUCUACUAUGGCAUCCCGACUGCAAUACCAACAACAUAUACAUAACAAGUGACCAAGAUCUAAUAAUUUCUUAUUGCAAGGCUGAUUCUGAUGAUCCAGCAGAUGGCAACGGUAACUUUAGUCCUUUUUGGAACAUUCCUUUGAUUAGCUGACCUGCUAAAGAUUAAUUUUACCUCUGUUUACCAAGCGCGUUCUUGGAUCAGGUUUAUUGGUUUGUUGAAUUCUAAAAAGGCCUCGGUGCUUUGCAUUUGGUUGUUUUGUUCUCACAUGCCUGGUUACUAAUAAUUUGUUUAGAGCGGGGCUUACUUCGGAAUCGUAUAAUAAAUUUGAUUUGACUUAUUUGAAUGACUAAAAAGUCCAUUCUUCAACCCCUGCUUCACACCCAUGGGUUUUCCCCGUUGGAGCGAAGGAAAAAUACUGGGCCAAGAGAGGAGUCGAUGACUGAAGCACCAGCCAUUCAGCAUUGGUGUCCGAUCAUUCGACGAAUUCCUCCGAGGAUUCAAAGGGCAUCAAUGACAACCUACUGGAGAUGAUGGAGCUAAUAUCCUUCUGAUUGAAACCAUUAUCUCACCAAACUUCUGCCGCCUCUUGAUAGGGGGCGCAGUGGGCUGAAUAGAGGCCUUUAGAAUCUAUUACAGUCCUCACUGCAUUUUUCAUUUACAACAUGUUCUUCCAUGAUUCAUGCCUUACUUCCUAGAUCCUCAGCGGAUAACAUUUUGAUAUAGGAAUCAAAAUUCGCAGGCGGCAUACCUGCUGCUGCAAUCUCCAUCGCAUUUCCCUGGGUGCAGACUUUUUCUUUCAUAGAGCUCUCUCUUCUGUAGCAUGAAGAGCUUUUUAUAGAUUUUAAUGUUUUGGGUAGCUAACCUGGAGUAGAGCCACCAUCAUUCCUCCAUGUUUAAGCUCAUAUUCACCUGAUAGCAUCUUUGUGUGACCAAUGUUUCCUACUGCAGCGACACUCCUUCAUAGACCACAUUGAAGACGCAGAGUAGCUCUGUAGAGAGAAUUUUUUCUCAUCUGUCAUCUGAAUAUAUCUCCCCAUCUCCCUGGGGAAGUUGCCAGAUAAGUUCUCGCGUCCUGUUUUGCUACAUUACCCAGAUAAGAAAGCCUAAAACUGUCACCUGUUCGCAUUCAAUUAUCUGCCUCUUAUCCAGGUUAUGGUUAACAGCGAUAUCUAUGAUCAUGCGCAUCCAGAAAGGAAAAAAUGAAUCUCCUAGAGCUAAGGUCUCCUCUGCGUUUAACACUGUACUAUUCCUUUGGAGAGGACGGUCUACUCUUCUUUUUGGGUGUUGGAGAUGAAAUCCGGGAAUGCCUUUCAAUCGUCUUCUUGUCGGAGUCUAUAGGAACCGGAGCUUCUCAUGGGCUGUCCUUUUUCUGUGAGAAGAAUUUCAGUGGUUAUUUCCUUCCACCUGAAUUUCACUGGCACUGGAGCUUCCGAAGAGCGCAGAUUUUCUUUCUAUUUCUCAUAAAAAAUGAGAUGUCCAGAUUAACUCCUUGUAGAAACUCUCUGUUGUCUUGCUCUUGCUAUUACACUCAAAAACUUUCCGCUAUUUAUGAUUCAGAGAAGCAGAAAAUAAACUGGACAAGAACAAGGUUUUUUUAUUCCUUUUUACCGUUGGAGAUGUAGAUGAUGCAGAUGCUUGCUCCACAGCCUGCUAUUAAUUAUUUUCCAUAUAAGCAUAACAUCAUCUUUGACCUAUAUACAUAUGCCUACGGAAAGAAUUCCAGAGUCAAAUUGUCCUUUUUCUAUUGGCGUAUUUUGAUAUUGGACCGUUCUGUGUUCAUCCAUUUUUUUUAAUAAUUUGGUAACUUGGUAGUCUCUGAACUACCAUUUGGGUGAUAUGAAAACUUUGAAUAAGUCUAGUCGAAAUGUGCUUGAUGAACAUAAAUAAUUAUAUACAGGAUUUUGAACGCAGUGGGAGAAAUCCUGCUGACGUGUUAGAGCAUUGUGAAUUUAAAUCGAAAUUUUGUCUGAAAAGACGAUAGUUGACCCUAUGUGAAACUUGGGCAUGGUUCAGUUUUUAUUUUGGAAUAUACAUGAGUAGAUGAAUACAUGCACAUCCAUAUUAAAUCUUCAUCACAUCCACAUCAUAUGCCCGAGGUCAACGCUUAAAACCCAGGUAUGCAUCGGAAAGGCAACAGUUUCUAUCACCAAAGGCGAAAAUUUUCUGAAUAUACGUUAGUCCAUUAUCUGCAUCGCUAGAUCAGCAGCAUUUUCUUUCAGGUCUCACGUGCAACAUCAAGAACUGGGCAUUUCAUAAAUGCUUGAGCAUAAUCGGAGUUGAAGAGGACCCGCCAAGCCUGCGCUUUGCUGAAUAAUUACAGCUUUUAAAAGGAUCAUUAUUUUAUUAAAUUCUCUGUAUAUUUAUGCCAUAGUGCACGAUGACUUAGCCAACUCCAUUUUUGGUACUCUGAAAUUUUCUGGUUGUUCUCAGGAGCCGGAUCUCUGAAUAUCAGCAACAUACUUACGGGAAAAUGCCUUGCUAAGAUUCGAGCAAGCAACUCAAGAGCACAGCACUGUUCUUCCAGAUUCCUCCGGAACACAGUUGGGGAAGCGUUGGAAGACAUCACUGCCCUUUAUUACGAUGAAGACCACAACGAGAUCUACACCGGCAACAGGCAGGGCCUGGUCCACGUCUGGUCAAGCUAA